CCUUCCGGCAACAUUGAAGGGCCGCUGACAACUGAGUUUCUGAAUGUGAACGAUAAGCACGACUCCCGUCCUUCCUCUUGUAGAUCCUCAUAUUACGGAUAGGUAGUUUAUAAGUCAAAAGUAUGAAUGUAAAGAGUACAGAUUCCAUGCUUAAUAAAGAAGAACUCUCUUAUUACUAUUUGAAGAAACAUAGAAUAGUUGAUCUUUUUAAUGAUCUCACUGCUGCAUUGGUUUACCAUCAUCCGGAUGAUCCAAAAAAAUUUAUGAUAGACUAUUUUGAGAAAAUGAAGUCUGCUCGCUCUUCCAAAGUUAAUUAUCCAUGUUUAUUUGAUGAAAGUAAUUUGCGAUCAUUAUUCAAAAUUAUGGAUCCUGCUGAAAAAGGUUAUAUCAGUUAUAUGCAGUAUAAAUCAGGAAUGGAUAAUCUUGGUGUUACAAAUUAUAACCAUAAUCCAGUCGGUUCUGAAACUGGUAGGAUAGGAAUAGAUGUUUUUGUUAAUGAAGCAACAAAAGGAUUGGCGAUGUCACCUGUAAAUAAUGUUGGUUCUGCGAUAAAUGCAUAAUCAAUUAAUAUAUAGUUCAACAUAUAUUGUGUAAAUAUAUUUAUUUAUUGUAGAAAAGAUUCUUUACUUUUA